CUCACACUCUGACUUGAAACAUCAAAAUGAAAACAUUGUGUUUGGUUUUGCUUUUUCAUGCAAGUCUUCAGCUCCGAUGUGAUCGAAAGAUCACAGCACAUAUAGGAGGUGAAUUCAUUCUUAAAUGCAGCUAUGACACAAACCGAUUCCUGUUCAGUAAAAAGUACUGGUGCCAAGGGGACUCUAGAAGCACCUGUACGAUUCUGGCAGAUUCAGAGGGUAUAACUAAAAAUUCACACAGGUCUCAGGUAUUAGAUUUAAGAAGAAGAGGACUGUUUGUCAAAGUCACUGAUCUCCAAUUCGGCGACACUGGAGUGUACUGGGUUGGGAUUGACAAAGUAAAUGCUGACAUCAUGACUUCAGUUAACGUGGUCAUCACUGAAGUUCCAGUAUCUAAACCCAGUCUUUGGCCCUUGAGCUCUCUGGUGGACAGACAAACAUGCUGGGGUCAGUCGGUGACAGUGCGCUGUGGCUGUAAAAGGGGCACUGGCGUUCGUUACACAUGGUACCAACACACACACCACAAGGACUUCCUGCUUCACAGCUCAUCAGACUUACACCUACGCUGUGGCACCUUGGACAAGGACAGCGAUUAUUACUGUAUUGCCAGUAAUGACAUAAGCAGUCAGAGGAGUGAUGUUCUCUCGGUGCAGGUUCUGAUGCCUGCAGACAGCAGCUGUAUCUAUGUUGUUCGUGCGGAGGGCCAACCCGUUUAUGACUGCGCUGACAGAAUGAGCACCACCAUGGCCACAACUCCAGCUCUGACGACCUGCCAAGCUACUGUAAAAAUCCAAUCUGACGCAACCAACUGGUCACUUCCAGUCAAUGACACGGAACAAGAUCUGUUUUUCAGCAGGGCAUGGACAGGAGUGCCAUUCUGGUAUAUGCUGCUGCGCUGGGCUUCUUUUGCAUCCUUACUGAUAUUUCUGUGCAUAGUACUCAAAUGUACAAAACUGAGACACAAACGUGCCAAGAGGAGGAGGAGGAGGAGGAGGAGGAGGAGGAGGGCUUGUUCAGAGAUGCCAUAUCUUGUCAUGGGUGUCACUCUCUUGCUACUACUGAGCAGUCUUGGCCUUGCCCUUCCAACUCAAGCUCAAGACUGCACCAGUCCUAUAGGAGGAGACAACAUGAAUUUGAAGGACGAAUUCAUUCUUUUAAACACAUUCCCAGAUGGGGCCAAAGUUAGUUUUGCCUGUGCUGUUGGCUACGUGUCUGCAGGAGGGUCUGCAUCCAUUAUUUGUACUGCUGGCAGUUGGAGUCCUUUGAGGCUGAAAUGCAGGAGGAGAAACUGUGGCGCUGCUGACGAAGUGCCAAAUGGAUACGUUGACUACCCUCAAGGGACAGAGUUUGGUGAUGAACUAUUGGUCACUUGCAACAUUGGUUUCAGAUUGGUUGGAAAAACCAACAAACGUCUCUGUGGAGCUCAAGGGUGGAUGGGCAGGAUGCCUGAGUGUGAAGCGGUGACUUGUGAUCCCCCACCUCCAGUACAGAACGGCACUUUCAGGCCAGAUAAAGAAGUCUAUCAGUAUGGAGAAGUUGUGGAGUACAGCUGUGAACAAGAUUACACACUCUCUGGAUCAAGAACAAUAUCAUGUUCAGAUGAUGGAGGGUUUGAGCCUUCUCCUCCUACAUGUAUCAAGGUUCACUGUGAAGAACCUGUUAUUGCAAAUGCUGAUUGGAUUUGGGGUUUUCGACCCCCUUAUGGAUACCAGUCUACGGUGACGUACAUGUGCAAACCUGGGUAUACUAUGAUCGGAGAGUCCACCCUGACAUGUGGAAUAGACAGCCAAUGGUCACCUGGACUUCCAACAUGUCAACCUCAAGACUGCACCAGUCCUAUAGGAGGAGACAACAUGUAUUUGAAGGACGAAUUCAUUCUUUUAAACACAUUCCCAGAUGGGACCAAAGUUAGUUUUGCCUGUGCUGUUGGCUACGUGUCUGCAGGAGGGUCUGCAUCCAUUAUUUGUACUGCUGGCAGUUGGAGUCCUUUGAUGCUGAAAUGCGAGAGGAGAAACUGUGGCGCUGCUGAAGAAGUGCCAAAUGGAUACGUUGACUACCCUCAAGGGACAGAGUUUGGUGAUGAACUAUUGGUCACUUGCAACGUUGGUUUCAGAUUGGUUGGAAAAAAAAACACACGUCUCUGUGGAGCUCAAGGGUGGCUGGGCAGGAUGCCUGAGUGUGAAGUGGUGACUUGUGAUCCCCCACCUACAGUAGAGAGCGGCACUUUCAGGCCAGAUAAAGAAGUCUAUCAGUAUGGAGAAGUUGUGGAGUACAGUUGUCAACAAGAUUACACACUCUCUGGAUCAAGAACAAUAUCAUGUUCAGCUGAUGGAGGGUUUGAGCCUUCUCCUCCUACAUGUAUCAAGGUUCACUGUGAAGAACCUGUUAUUGCAAAUGCUAAGUGGAUUUGGGGUUUUCGACCCCCUUAUGGACACCAGUCUACGGUGGCAUACAUGUGCAAACCUGGGUAUACUAUGAUCGGAGAGUCCACCCUGACAUGUGGAAUAGACAGCCAAUGGUCACCUGGACUUCCAACAUGUCAACUGGUGACUUGUGAUCUGCCACCUACAAUAGUGAAUGGCACUUUCCAUCCAAAGAAAGAAUCUUAUGAUUAUAGUGACAUUGUGGAGUACUGUUGUCAAAAAGAUUACACACUCUCUGGAUCCAGAUCAAUAUAUUGUUCAGCCCAUGGAAGGUUUGAGCCUGCUCCUCCCACAUGUAUCAUGGUUCAGUGUGAAGAGCCUGUCAUUAGAAAUGCUGAGUGGAUUUGGGGUUCUCGACCCCCUUAUGGACACCAGUCUACGGUGACGUACAUGUGCAAACCUGGGUAUACUAUGAUAGGAGAGUCCACCCUGACAUGUGGAAGAGAUGGUCAGUGGUCACCUGGACUUCCAACAUGUCAACUGAUUCAGUGUGAAGAGCCUGUCAUUAGAAAUGCUGAGUGGAUUUGGGGUUCUCGACCCCCUCAUGGAUACCAGUCUAUGGUGACCUACAUGUGCAAACCUGGGUAUACUAUGAUAGGAGAGUCCACCCUGACAUGUGGAAGAGACGGUCAGUGGUCACCUGGACUUCCAACAUGUCAACCGGUGACUUGUGAUCCCCCACCUACAGUAGAGAGCGGCACUUUCAGGCCAGAUAAAGAAAUCUAUCUGUAUGGAGACCUUGUGGAGUACAGUUGUCAAAAAGAUUACACACUCUCUGGAUCCAGAUUAAUAUAUUGUUCUGCUUAUGGAAGGUUUGAGCCUGCUCCUCCCACAUGUAUCAAGGUUCAAUGUGAAGAGCCUGUUAUUGCAAAUGCUGAGUGGACUGAGGGUUCUCGACCCCCUCAUGGACACCAGUCUACAGUGAAGUACCAGUGCAGAUCUGGGUAUAUUAUGAUCGGAGAGCCCAUCCUGACAUGUGGAAUAGACAGCCAAUGGUCACCUGGACUUCCAACGUGUCAUAGACUAACCACACCUAAACCCCCCACCACCACCACCACCACCACCACCCCAUCAGUGCAUGGAUGUAAAGAACCUCAUAUUAAAAAUGCGGAGAGGAUUGGAGGUACUCGACCCCCAUAUGGAUACCAGUCUUUGGUGACGUACCAGUGCAAACCUGGGUAUAAAAUGAUAGGAGAGCCCACCCUGACAUGUGGGAGAGAUGGUCGGUGGUCACCUAAACUUCCAGAAUGUCAAGCUGAUUCUGACAAAACUGGCAAUAAUGGAAAUAGCCUGGCUCUGGGGUUGGGUAUUGGUUUGACACUCGUCAUUGUUGCCCUCGUUUUCUGUGGAUGGUAUUUCUGUGGAUGCCCGUGCCUCAAGACAAAGCGAGGCUCUCGGAGCGGCAUUCCUGACAAUGUGGUUCCAAAAGAUGGAGAGGAUGUAGCACUCUAGUAAGCAUCGCGGUCCUGCUGGUCCAAUGUUGCUGGGGUUGAAAAAUGUCGGUUGAGAAGAGGAAUGUCACAGGACUUGUCCUGGAAUGUACUUGUGCUGUCCACAUGCACAUGGAUGCCACAGACUGAAGAAACUCCAUGGCCAUUAGUAUCAAAAGCCGACCUGAUAUUCAGAAACCUCAACAAAUUGAGCUCAAUCCUAUGUUUAUGCUUUAAGCGGAUUCUGUAGUUAGUCCACAAUAAUCUUCAUCUUUGACAGGUCACUCAUAACUAGGUUUUUUUUUCUCUAUUCUGCAUAACUCAAAUCAGUAAUGUCUGGGAUGCCUUCCCUUUCCUUGACAGCAUCACAGCAGCAUGUUUCAGUGCUCUUAUAAUGAAGGAAUGUGAUUUCAUGUUUAUCAGAGGCCUGAAUGCUCUGUAUGAAUAUAAAUGUUUGCACUGUAGCUCAGAGCACAGCUCAGCCUGACCAGUAUAGCUCAGCUACACCAGUGGCUUAAAACAAGCAAAAUCAGUUAGGAAUAUAUGCAUGCUCGACCUUAAACACAGCUGGUAGGGUUAAAUUAUUUCUGUUUAGACUAGAAACAUUCAAAAAUCAAAAGGCCUUGUUUACACCUGGUAUUAACAUGCGUUACAGUUGGAUCACAGGUGGGGAGCUCCAAGUAAAGGUAUAGUGCGUUGUCAAUGCGUCCUGAGAUUUAAUCAAAUGGCUGCAUAUGGCCAUAUUUUUUCAGCAGUGUGUACAGUAUUUUGUCACAUUGAAGGACCUUCUGCUAAGACGACAUCCUUGAUUAUCCGACUCUCCCUACUGGAUAAGUAAACUUUCUGUUGCUGCCAUUACACAGGUUAGAUGCAGUGCUGAAGGACCGUCUCUGGAGCAGCUUUCUUCCCAGCAUUCCAAAAUGUGCCCAGGUAGCAAAAGCUAACACAGCAACAACUAUCAAACGAACAGACACCAACACCAAAACAGCUCAACUCUCUCUGAAACCGGUUAGGUAACGUUAGCAUGUGAUGCAGACAGUUAGCCCUGUCACUGAGUGUGUGUGUGUGAGCAGACUCUUAGCAGCUAUCCCCAGUGUGGAGCUCGUGAUCUUGCAGCAUGACAAACCUCAGUCCGGUUAAAAACAACACAUUUGAUAUUUGCAAAACAGAAGUGAUGUACGUGUUUAUUUGAUGUUAAGAGUGUGGAAGUAAGAGAACAGACAGACAUAUAGCUGUCCUCUUAGGAUCGGAUCACCCAAGACGCACAUAAUACCAGGUGUAAGGACGGCCAUAGUUCAACAGUUUUAGUUUAUGCUUUAGAACACAGUGGAUUCGCCUGUAACUAUUUUGUAUAUCAGAAAUGACAACAUUUGUGUAGCUGAAAUAGUUAAUCCACCAGCAAAAUCACUCACUCAUAUAGCCGAUAAACCCGUCCUCCCAUCACGUAGAUUGAACUUCCACCUUUCCAGAGAUAACAAAGGGAUCUAUAAAACUGUCCCAAACACACAGUGCCUGAGCAGAAGGCAUGCUCUUUAUGCCUUAAUGCAAAUUAUGAAGUGUUUUAGCUUGUUGUGUGUCAAUUGUUGUGUGUUUGUUAAUGGAGGCCUAAUUAUAGGCCUGCCUUAGCUUAAUGCUACUGCUAAAUAAUUAGCCAUGUGUAAUGUCAUGUUGGGCACAUUGGUUUUCGUGUCCUGUAGCUUCACCAGCUUUCAAAAAAAGUUUCCCAUGAUGUAAAAAUAGAAAAAAUUAAGUUCUAAAUGAGUACAUUAUUUAUUUUCCUCGUAAAGAAUUGGUUUUGCAGACGUCUCUCUGCCACUGUCAGUUUGGUAUUUGUUCACCCCCACACCACUCAAAGAAGAGGCAGGCUUUAAGAGUAUUGAAAUACGGGCUUUGUGUCUGUGUCUUACAAAGAUGUAUAGACUGUGAUCUUUGAAAAAAAUUGCACUUGCCUGGCUUUUUAUCUUUAUUUAUUAAAAUAAAUUUGUGUCAGAACAUUUCCAGAGUUUUGUAUGAUUUUGAGGCAGUCAGAAAAGUGCUAUUUUGGCACUAUCUUUUGUAUUAAUUAAUGAAAUAAACAUAAUCAUGGACUGUG